CCCAUGUUAUCGUCGGGCAGCAAUCGAUAACUCUUGUGCUGUGUUUACCUGUGACGCAAUUUAAAUUUUUGUUUUUAAUUAAAUAUGGUUACGCGGCAAUUGCAUUCCGCCGUAUUUGGCGCAUGCGGCCUUGAAGACGAGUCCCUGGUGGAGAUCUCCGGUCCGGCGGACAGCGGCAAGAGCCUGGUGCUCCAGCAAUUGGUGGCCCACUGUUUGGCGCCCUACGAAUUCGGUGGUCGCCAGUGGAGCGUCCUCCUGAUAAACCUCAGUCACAAGAUCAGCCGGGAAUCCCUGACCAGGAGUAUGACAACGGAGUUGAGAAGUUAUUCCGGAGCAGGAGCAGCGGAGGAAUCACCGCCGGAGGAGCAGCUGGCGAAGAUUGCCGGGGAAUGCGUGAGGCGUGUGCGAUUCCUCAACUGUUUCUCCACCGAGGAUCUAAAAACUGCCCUAAUCGAUGCCCGCUAUGCCAUCAUCAGUGAUCCCGCCGUGCAACUAAUCGCCCUGGACACACUCAGCGAAUUCUACUGGCUGGACUGGCCCAGUCGGACCAAGAACCUGUCCAGAUUCCGGCACUAUCACAUGUGGCAGACGCGUCUGGAGAAGACCUGCAAGGAGGCCGUCGUCUGCGGAAUGUACACGGUGGACUCGGAUUUCCUGGACAACAGACAUGGCGAACAUCUGCCGGAGGUUCAUCUAAACCACCACGUCAGGAUGCAAAAGAUUCGGGGGCGAAAUACCCUAAAUGGAAGGCCUCUAGCCUUCAAUAAUGGGGUCUAUUUGGAUAGCUAGCAAUUAAUUAGUCACUGUUUUAUGUAAACAUUUACCAUUUACUUAAGAUGUCCCUGCAAACGAAACUCUUAGAUUAAAAAGCGUUCGCAAUGGCGUUCAUCCGAA